GUUUGCGUGGGUAUACUGGUUUGCGUCGUCCGAUCUGCACUCUUCCAGCUUCACCAGCAGUAUAUACUAGAGUGACUGAUCUCCCCGCGGGAGCUUGCGCUGCAGCCUUUCUACUACCUGUUGUAUCCUUAUAUAUAGCACUGACUAGUUCGUUGGAGAGAAAUGGCUAAGGCUAUCCGCGAGUUUUGCGGGAAGGAGCUGCUCCACAAGUACGUGGAGAGGCUGGGGAGCGAGACGGAGAGACAGGGGAAGCUCCGUAUCCCCUUUGCCUCUGCCCCUGUCACCGAGACUACGGAUUUUGAUUUGCUCGCGAAGAGCUACCCGUGGCUCCACACGGAGAAGCUGGUAGUGAAACCAGACCAGCUCAUAAAACGCAGAGGAAAACUGGGACUAGUGAAGGUGAACGCUGACCUCUCGGAGGUGAGGGAGUGGGUGGUGAGUAAGAUGGGGGAGGAGGUGAAGGUGGAUGUGGCCCGUGGGAGACUCACCAACUUCAUUAUUGAGAAGUUUGUCCCACACAAUCCCGCCGAAGAGCACUACGUCUGCAUCAUGGCGAACCGCAGUGGAAACACGGUUCUCUUUCACGAAGAGGGCGGGAUGGAUGUGGGGGACAUAGACAGCAAGGCUCACAGAGUACAGGUGGACAUCGAGGAAACGCUCUCAGAGGAACAGGCUCGUCUCCUGGUGUCCCACGUCUCGCCUGAGAAACAAGAACCACUGGUGGAGUUUCUGCAGACUCUCUACAGGUGUUUCACAGAUCUCUACUUUACCUACCUUGAAAUCAACCCCAUCGUUGUCCAGGGGGAUGUGGUACAUGCAUUGGACUUGGCCGCCCGACUGGAUUCAACCGCAGAAUUCCUCUGUAAGGCUCACUGGGGUAACCUCUGCUUCCCUCCUCCCUUUGGCAGGGAGGCCAUCCCUGAGGAAGCCUAUAUAGCAGAGCUUGAUGCGAAGAGCGGAGCCUCUCUCAAACUGACAGUCCUCAAUCCUCUAGGCCGCAUCUGGACCAUGGUUGCUGGGGGUGGAGCUUCAGUUAUAUACAGUGAUACAAUAUGUGACCUGGGUGGAGGGGCGGAGCUGGCCAACUAUGGAGAGUAUUCAGGAGCUCCCAGCGAGAGCCAAACCUUCGAGUACGCCAAGACCAUUCUGUCUCUGAUGACAACAGAGAAACGACCUGAUGGCAAGGUUCUCAUCAUUGGAGGAGGAAUUGCCAACUUCACUAAUGUGGCAGCAACCUUCAAGGGUAUAGUGAAGGCACUGACAGAGUACCGUCAUCAACUGCUGGAGAACAGAGUCAGGAUUUUUGUGAGGAGAGGUGGCCCAAACUACCAGGAGGGCCUCAAACUCAUGAGGGAAGUUGGUUCGAAGCUGGGUCUGGAGAUGUAUGUAUUUGGACCGGAGACCCACAUGACAGCCAUUGUUGGUAUGGCCCUGGGUCAUCGCCCAAUCCCCAAGCCUACCAAACCUGAGCCCCCGAUGUCUCAGAACCUACUGGGCAAGAAUCUGGUGGCAUCCCUGUCUCAGAGCUCCUCCACCAACUCCAUGAGUGAACUGAUGGACAGCGGGGAGAGAUCUGGCUCUCCUAAACUCUCCAAGAGAAUCACAGUAUGUCUGUGGGAUCCGGAGCAAGAGAACGCGUUGAAACCUCCUGCAAUGCUCUUCACCUCCUCCAGCAAGGCUAUUGUGUGGGGCAUGCAACCUCGGGCUGUUCAGGGAAUGCUGGACUUUGACAAUCUGUGUUCACGUGAGGUACCGUCGGUGUCAGCCAUGGUGUACCCAUUCAGUGGAAACCACAAGCAGAAGUUCUACUGGGGACACAAGGAGAUUAUGAUCCCUAUGUACAAAGACAUUUCCGAAGCCGUCAAGAAACACCCUGAAGUGGAUGUUCUAGUCAAUUUUGCAUCACUCAGAUCGGCUUAUGAUGCCACCAUUGAAGCUCUUAACCUCAAACAUUUUCGCAGUGUGACCAUCAUAGCAGAGGGCAUUCCCGAGAACAAGACGAAGAAACUCAUCAAGAAGGCAGACUCUCUGGGAGUCACUAUCAUUGGACCUGCCACAGUUGGAGGGAUCAAGCCAGGUUGCUUCAAGAUUGGUAACACUGGUGGAAUGCUGGACAACAUUAUAGCCUCCAAACUAUACAGACCCGGCAGGUAAUUGUCUGUUAUACGUACUACUAGAACGAAUUCGACUCGAGUGAAGCACAACCCUUUGAACCGCUGCACGUGAUGUUCACGCAUGUGCAUUGUAGUGGCGCAGUCGGCCAGUGCAGUCGCACAAUUCAAACAAUUAGGUGGACUCACUUCACUCGCCAAUAAUAAUUAUAGUUAAACUGGAG